AUGUUGAGGGACGCGGACUGGACGAGGAGCUGUUCACGGGCCGGUUCCCGGUUCCCCGUGCACCGCGCAUGUCGGGAGGGAGACGUCGGGGCGCUGGUCUCUCUGGUCCAGCAGCUCUCGAACCCGGAACACCUGACGGCGGAGGACUCGAGCUACGGAUGGAGCCCCUUACACUGGGCUGCUCACUGCGGACAGCUGGACUGCGUGGUGGUUCUGGUGCAGAUGGGUUGCGAGGUGAACUCCGGGACGAGCCGCUUCAACCAGACGGCGACGCACACGGCGGCGUUCGGGGGACAUCCGGCCUGCGAGGCCUGGCUCACCGGGGCGGGCGCCGACGCCAACCGCCAGGACGUGGUGGGCGAGGCGCCCCUCCACAAGGCGGCCCGUGCAGGGAGCCUGGAGUGCAUCCGGGUCCUGCUGCUGGCGGGAGCUUCAGCUCAGCUCAGGAACGCCAGCGGGCAGACGGCGGCGGACCUGGCCCACGCCCACGGCUUCCUGGACUGCUUCAGCUUCAUCUCCAGAACCAGCAAGCUGCAGCUCGGCGGCCUCCCGUGUGGCAGGAAGAGGCUGCUGACCCCCGUGGACCAGGUCCACCUGAAGAAAGCCCGGGGGGCCGACAGUAAGACCGCCUCCCCCCGUGAGCCCCUGUCCCUGAGCCCCCCUGACAGAUGUCUCCUGUGCCAGAUGUGGAGCUGCAGGCCGCUGGAGGAGAGGAGCUGGAGAGCAUGAGCGGGGACCAGGACUCAUGAGGUCUAGCCUCCUGGAGUUCAGGGACUCACUCCAGACGUCCUGAUGCCAAAGAGGAGUCACCAACAAGCUCAUGGAGUCCAGAGCAGCUGGAGGUCUCCCAGAACCCUCAGGACUCUUUGUACAAACUGCUUUUAUACGGCUGAAGUUUAUGUUUCAUAAAAAUGAUUUAAAGUAACUCAUGUUUCA